AUGGAGGGAAGAUUUCCAACCAAUAAAAGUAGUGUAACACACACUUCCAUCGUCAGCAAUAAAGAAAGCGGUAAUAACCAGAACUUGGCGCCUGCGUCAGUUACUCACAAUGAUAUAACAGCGGAAGACUACAAAAAACAUAUGGAGACACAGCAGGAAAUAGGAAAUCCGUUGACCUUUUCGCACAGUGUGACAACAUUAGGCCUCCCUCACGUGUGGCUCCCUUCUUCUUGUAUUUCUGGAGUAAGUGCUGCUAUCGACGAUGCCGGUAAUACUACUGCAACUUCCCAAGGUAGCACAGGUUCAGUUGUAUCCAAGGCAAUUCAGAGCCUUAUGGGUGUUCAGAGUGCAUGUAAUACACGACAGGACUUGGAGGAGCGACGAGCCCACCGACGCAAGCGACUCAUAGCCGGCAGAAAUCUAAGGGAUGUAGCAGAACAUAAAGCUAUAGAGAGUGAAGAGGCAGAGGGGUACAGUCAAGAGAAGGCUGAAAAAAAAAAUAGAACUACAAGGAAGUCAAUGUGUUUAUGA